AUGGCGCUGUGGGUUAAUGGUGUGGCCCUCCCGCUCGUGCGGACAGCUGGAGCUGGUUGCUGUUGUUUACCGUCCUUCCAUGCUGCACGCUGCCGAGGAAAAAGGGCUGGUGAAGGUGUGGGCCCAAGAAGUCAUCUCUUGUUCGUUUUACCUUCAAAACAUGGUACUCAUAUUAGCACCGCUUAUGAGUCUAUCAGUCUGCCCUUCUACUUCAGAAACACUGAUUGUGUUACAUUCCAACCUCGCUUCUUGGGAUGCAACCAUCCAACGCCAUUAGAGGCGGAAACCUGCUCCCACAGCAAAAGGAGAACAAAACAUACUUACGCAGAUAACCGCUUGAGACUGAGACUUCUCUGGAUCGAGUCUCAGUCUAAGUCUGAAGUUGGUCUCUGCGAGGGAUAUCGAAGCUACUCUAUAGAAAGGAAGUUCACCCGGCUAAGAAUAGAACGAGGACGCAAGAACAUCUCCACGGCAGAAGAGCCUCCCGUCUCCACCUCGCAUAGCAGCCGUGCGAAGGACAGGUUAACCAUACGGAGUACUCUCCAGGGGAAAACUGUGCUACCUCAGAAGAUACUCUGUCCUCUCUCAGCAUACCCCGUACAUCCCCAUGCGCUUGAAUCGCCACGUUGGACAGGACACUACAUCGACAGCCACCCCUGGUUGGGCGUGACGAUGGUUUUACAAAUUGAGACCAUCUUCAGCCAACCGUUGCAAACAGCGAACCGUCCUAAUAACGCCAAGUUGGACAGAGGAUAA